GUGAAAAAUAUUUGUACAUUCGCGGAGGUCGUCGAUCUGUUAAUGCCUCGUCGAACCCCCACAAGGGAUGACGCAGUGAUUACUGAACGAUAACAAACGAAAUCAAUGCGACUUAAGUCCUUGACUGGACUUAAGUUGCAUCGCGCUUCAAAUAAGCAGCACCAAGUUAAAAACCUAGCAGUGUUCGUGUUUUAGUGGCAAAGUGCGGGCCUGAAAAACUUGACUUGACUUAGUAAAAUGAAGAAUGAAGAAUGUAAGCUCCCGAUCCAAGAAGAUCAUCGCGCUUUUAUUAAAAAACCAAAUUCUGCUAUACAUGACAGAAGCAGCAAAAUUUUUGUUAUUGCUGCACUCAUUCUACUUGCCGCAAUGUCGUUAAUGAUUGCCAUCACAUUUAUUUCCAUUAAUGGGAUGCAAGAGUUGAAGGAAGAAGUUGAUUCACUUAAGGCAACGAUUAAGAGUCUCCAGGAGAAAAUUGAGGAAGAGAUCAAUCGCAACAAUACUAAAACCAACUUUAACCUAAACGACGAUUAUCCGAAUUGGGACGACACAGCAAACGAAUAUUACUUGGAUUUUGACGGUGCCGAUAUAUACGACGAUACUUAUUACGACCAAUUGGAAUCUGAUAAUAUUUCAAAACUCACAGGAGAGCCAUACACAAAAGAUGCAAAAGAAGCCACGGCACCUCCAAGAGAAAAAAGGAGUAUUACUGGAUAUACAGAAGACGAACCUACUGUCAAUGCAGAACAAUACGGUGAAGAACGACGAAGAAAUAACACUUUGAAGAAAAACUACCCUCAUUAUUACACCACACCGCCAAGCUCCUUCAGAUUCCCAUUUUAUCCAGAAACAAAAACACAUUCUGAAGAGCAGGAUUGGACAUCAUCUCCCAGACCUUUCAACUCCAGAAAGUCUCGCAUUAUGCAGUCUGAAGGUUCUCCAAGCACAAGGGAGAAUCCUGACUUCGAAUUUAUAACCGCACAUACCAGACAUCGCCAACGACGUCUCGAACUGGACGAACAUCAAGUAAGAACUGGCAGAAUGCGUCCUUUGCCUAGCGCUCAUUUUUCUGGAGAUACGUCUAAGUACGUCUACGGUCAACACGAGAAUUUCAACGGUAACGGCCACCUCCGUCAUCCUCAUACAACUUACGUUGAUUGGGUCGAAAGUGAUUGGUUCAGUAAACUCGGCAUGGACCAGUACUUUUCUUUUUCCGACGGACUUUUGACCGUCAAAGAACCAGGAUUAUAUUUCAUCUAUGCCCAAAUUUUUUAUUACGACAUACACGACACGAAUGGCUUUAGGGUGUACAGGAAUGAAAAUGAAACUCUUUUGCAGUGUACUACAAUGACACAUUCAUCGGAAAGGGUAAUGAAAGGCAAUACCUGCUUUACCGCGGCGGCGAAUUACUUGAAUGAGAAUGACAAGAUUAGUCUGGUGGAUUUAUCCGAAGCGAGAUAUUCCUUAUUUGAACCUGGAAAGUCAUUUUUUGGAGUCAUCAAACUUGGAGAUGUUAAAAUCAAAUAAAAACCAAAGCUUUAUGUAGGUUUUAAUUUAUUAGUAUUGUCAGUUAGUUCUGAUAUUUCUGACCAAAGGUUGCAGUACAAUAAGUACGUAAAAUGUGUAUCCUUAAUGCUUGCCAUAUUUUAUUGUAAUGUAUUAAUGAAUUUUGUAUAUAUUUAUGUAUUAGAUUUUUAAAUAAAAAAAAAAAAUUAACUGAAUUCAA